UAAAGUCAACUGAAUUUUUGCCAAGUACAACCGACUCAAUUUGCCAACAAUAAUUUAUUACAGAUACACUUUUCAGACAGAAAAAUAUUAUUCCUACAAUAAUAUGUUGCAAAAUUUUGGAACAAAUCAUAAUAUCGCUGAAUUGAAGCGGUUGAAGUUGAGCGGUGAAAAGUUGCUAAGAAAUUUAAAAUAUUAAUAUUUUUUUAGUGGAAUAAAGUAAUUUAGUUACAAAAACGAUUUGUUUCAAUUUCAAGUGGAGAAAAUGUCAAGUUUUUCAAACAUGAUGACCGUUAGUCUUGUGCUUGCUUGCAUUGCUGCUAUGUCCUACACCGGUUCAGCGGCUACCUUGUCAAAUGAGCUUGAGAGCAGCACGGUAAACGGAACGGAAACAAACAGAAUUGAAACAACGGCCAUAACCAAUCAAAAACAAGCAAAAUUUUCAAAGUUUGCAACUAGUUGUGGAAAUUGGAAAAACGCCUGCAAAUUGAGCAAAAACAAAACUGAUUAUAAAAUGAGUUGUUCAAAAGCUGUGAAGAAAUUGAAGUUUGUGAAAGGUCUCAAAGAUUUUAAAGAAAAAAUCAGCUUCUGCUACAGUUGUCGUAAACACGUUUGCAAGGGAGGAUCGCUUGUUGGAUGAAACAAAA